AUGCUUAUAAAAAAGAAAAAAAUACGUGGUGUAAAUCUUGGAGGAUGGCUGGUAUUUGAAGGAUGGAUUAGACCAAGUCUUUUUGAGCAAUUUAGUCCUAAAGACCAGGUCGUUGAUGAAUAUACAUUUACUAAAUUUUUGGGCUAUGAAGAAGCCAAAAGGCAACUUCAUAAUUAUUGGUCAUUUUGGAUAACGGAACAUGAUAUAAAAAAGCUUGCAUCUUAUGGAUUAAAUCAUCUUAG